AUGCACGAAGGCGGCCGCAGAUCCAGCCAGGUCUCAGAGCUGGUGGAGGAGCCUCACGGCAGGGAGAAGCCCCACAAGUUCUUGGAAUGUGGGACGGGCUUCAGCCACAGCUCCGACCUGAGUAAACACCAUAGGAUCCACACUGCGGGAAAGCCCUAUGAGUGUAGGGAAUGUGGGAAAUGCUUCAGCCGCAGCUCCAACCUGAGGAAACACCAGACGAUCCACAGUGGGGAAAACCCCUUUGAGUGUGGGGAAUGUGGGCACGCCUUCAGGACGGUCUCUGGUCUAAUCCAGCACCAGGUGAUCCACCCUGGCGAAGGGCCUUAUGAGUGCUUGGAGUGUGGGAAGAGUUUCGGGUGGAGCUAUGCCCUGAGAAGCCACCACUGGUGCCUCCACACUGGGGAGAGGCCCUACAAGUGUUCUGAGUGUGGGAAGAGGUUUCAGUCCAGCUCCAAUCUCUUAGUACAUCAGCAGAUUCACACAGAGGAGAGGCCCUUCCGCUGCAGGAAGGGCUUCAAGUGCAACUUGUACCUCAUCCUGCACUGGCGCAUCCACACUGGGGAGAGGCCCUACGAGUGUCCUGAGUAUGGGAAGAGGUUUCAAAGCAGCUCCGAUCUCCUCAAACAUGAGCGGAUUCACACGGAGGAGAGGCCCUUCCGCUGUCCCAACUGUGGGAAGGGCUUCAAACAAAACUGCAAACUCACCAUCCACCAGCGCAUCCACACCGGGGUGAGGCCCUACGAGUGUCCUGAGUGU